CAGGUGAGACAGGUGGACAUCAAAGUGACAGUCUGUUUGGACUCUACAUCAGCAGCAGCAUCACACAUCCUUGGAUACAGACUCGACACUUCGCCAAGCACAAUGACUGACAGUGAACAACCAACACAACCCCCUUCCUACAACGUGAAGACUUACGACGUCCACACCCCAUUCACCCCUUACCAAAGACCAGAUGGGAGCACAAAUGUCACGCCAGUGUACACCAGCGGAGGAGGCAACCUCAAUGCAGGUUUGGAAUCUGGAGAUGGCAAAAAGAGAUUUGUGAGCUACGAUGGGGCGCUGGGUGAUUCUCCCGGCAUGACGACCUGCACCUCCUGCCAGCAGCAGGUCAUGACCAAUGUCAACUACAAAGCAGGGACCUAUGCCUGGCUGAUGUGCCUACUCUUCAUCUGCUGCGGGUUAGUCCUGUGCUGCUGCCUGAUUCCCUUCUUCAUGAAUAAGUUCAAGGAUGCGUACCACACGUGCCCCCGCUGCAACAAAGUGCUGCACGUUGAAAAGAGAAAAUGCUGUAAAUGACCAACAUGAGGGCAGAAAUGGAGCCAUAGAAAUAAGAAAUAACAUCCUGUUACCUUUGUCUUAUCAGCUGCACCAUUUUUAUGAAACUGACAGAGAAAGGUCGCAGUUUAAGUGUAAAUUAUCUCUAUGGAUGAGCCACUGCGUUGGCCGAAGUAAAAUUAAAUAUCAUAUUUUUAGCAAACAGACUGGGAGUGUGUUGUCAGAGCUUAAAUAUUAUGUGCUCACUUUUAUAUUAAAUUAAAUCAAGCUCACCCCCAUGCACCUUUUGGGAGCCAUUUUAUUUUUGUCUCACUCCUGCAGAAAAAAAUCUUUCCCUAUUAUCCUCUUCAAAAACUUCUGCAUACAUUACCUUGUUAAAAUGAAGGCUUGUA